AUGGAGCUAGUUCAUAUACCCACCAUCUGCUCUCUAUACCUUCAUGUGCUUACCAUUCUUCUUUUCAUUAUCUUUUCCAAACCUACCAACGUUGCAGACGCGUUGAGCAAUGAAACCGAUCGAUUCGCUUUGCUCAAGCUCAAAGAAUCCAUAGUCACUGACCCACAAAGAUUAUUGAACUCAUGGAACGAAUCCAUUCACUUUUGCAAAUGGCAAGGAAUUACUUGCAACACAAGGCAUCAAAGAGUAACAGCCUUGAACCUACAAAGCUCCGAUUUGCAUGGCACCAUCUCACCUUACAUUGGCAACCUCUCCUUUCUCAGGACAUUCAACCUUCAAAACAACAGCUUCUUUGGCAAGAUUCCACAGCAAGUUGAUCUCUUGUUCAGACUACGGAUUCUCGCUCUAACUUUCAACAUGUUGGAGGGGGGAAUUCCGGUUAACCUGACAUUCUGCUCUGAACUGAGCAAAAUAAAUUUUGGAAGAAACCGCCUUACCGGCAAAAUUCCAUUGGAGAUUGGUUCAUUGAUGAAGCUUGUGGAUCUUAAUCUUGAGGUAAACAAUCUGUCGGGAGGUAUCCCCCCUUCCUUGGGAAAUCUUUCAUCACUCACAUCGCUUUCCUUGUCCGGUAAUAACUUGGUGGGCGAUGUUCCAGGGGAACUAGGUGUAUUGAAAAGUUUGUCUUUCUUCGGAAUUAGUAUGAAUAAUCUCUCUGGUAUGAUCCCUCCCUCCCUUUUUAACAUAUCAUCUAUGCAAAUCUUCGGAAUAACCGUUAAUAAUUUUAAGGGAAGUAUUCCGCCUGGUGUAGGCUUAAACAUGCCCAAUCUCCAAAAAAUGUACCUCGGCGGAAAUGAAUUCUCUGGACAAAUCCCAGCUUCAUUUUCCAAUACUUCUCAGCUUCAAGUACUUGAUAUGGGCAUAAACAAUUUUGUGGGUCAAGUUCCUAAAAUUUUUGGAAAUCUUCUAGAUCUCAGGUGGCUCUAUAUAGGUGGAAAUAAUCUGGGAAGUAAUUCCAUCAAUGACUUGGGUUUCAUAACAUCAUUGACAAAUUGCAGCAAACUGAAGCUUCUUGAUUUCGACUCCAACAAUUUUGGAGGUGUUUUGCCCAAUUCUGUAGCCAAUUUGUCUAUCCAACUUGAUACAUUCUACCUUGGAAACAAUCAAAUAUCAGGAAUGAUUCCUUCAACAUUUGAAAAUCUAAACAAUUUAAUAGUGUUGGGCCUGAAUGAGAACCUGUUCACAGGUGUCAUUCCUAGCUCUCUUGGCAAGUUGCAAAAGCUGCAACGAUUGGGUUUACAUAGAAACAGAUUAUCAGGGCAAACCCCAUCUUUCAUAGGAAACCUCACUAAUUUGUUUCAACUCGAGUUAUCUGGAAAUAAACUAGAGGGAAGACUUCCUCCAAGCAUUCCUCCAAAUUUGCAGAAUUUGGGCAUUUCGCAGAAUAGGCUUAGUGGAGAUAUUCCACCCGAUUUUAUUGGUCUUUCCUCAUUUCUCUAUCUCAACUUAUCACAAAACUCACUAACUGGUAGUCUGCCCGUAGAAGUGGGUAAGUUGAAGAAUCUCAGGGCACUGGACAUCUCUGGAAACAACUUGACGGGAGAAAUUCCAGAAACCGUUGGGGAAUGUCAAAGCCUUGAAUAUCUUUACUUACAAGAAAAUCUCUUUCAAGGUAUGAUACCUUCUUCUUUGGCUACUUUGAGAGGUAUUCAGUAUCUAGAUCUUUCACGAAACAAUUUGUCCGGACAAAUUCCAAACGACCUACAGAAACUUCCAUUCCUGCUAUAUUUGAACCUUUCUUUCAAUAAUUUGGAGGGUGAGGUACCAAAUGAAGGAGCCUUUCGAAAUGCAAGCGCAAUUUCAUUAGUUGGAAAUACUAAACUUUGUGGUGGUGUUUCGGAAUUGCACCUACCAGCAUGCCCGGUAAAUGUAUCAAAGCAGAGAAAGGCGCAUGGUUUCAUACUAAAGCUCACGAUUUCUUCCGUUGUUGGAUGCUUUCUUCUAUUUGCAAUCUUAUUUGUUCUUUGUUGGAGGAGAAAACAGAAGAAGAAACCAUUAUCUGCAGAAUCAUCAAUCAGUUUCCUUUCAAAGGUUUCCUACCAGACAAUUUUUCAAGCUACCGGCGGAUUCUCCAGAAGCGCUUUAAUUGGAUCAGGCAGUUUUGGCUCUGUAUACAAAGGGAUUCUUGACCAGGAAGAAAACAAGGUAGUUGCCAUAAAGGUCCUCAACCUUCAACAGAAAGGAGCUUCCAAGAGUUUCACAUCAGAAUGCAAUGCACUGAGAAAUAUCCGGCACAGAAAUCUUGUGAAGAUCCUAACGUGUUGCUCCAGCAUGGAUCACAAUGGUAAUGAAUUCAAAGCGCUAGUGUUUGAAUAUAUGUCAAACGGAAGCUUAGAGGAGUGGCUGCACGGUGAAGACCAAUCAAGUAGCUUGAACCUUCUUCAACGAUUGAACAUUGCUGUUGACGUGGCUUCUGCAUUAUGUUAUCUUCAUGACCAUUGUGAACCACAAAUCAUUCACCGUGACAUGAAGCCAAGUAACAUUCUUCUUGACGAUGACAUGGUUGCUCGUGUUGGUGAUUUUGGGUUAGCAAGACUCAUCAAGGACUCCUCUCAAAAUCAAAGUAGCACAGUUGGAAUGAAGGGAACGAUCGGUUAUGCUGCUCCAGAGUACGCUAGUGGUGUGGAGGCAUCAAAACAAGGAGAUGUAUAUAGUUAUGGGAUCCUUGUAUUGGAAAUGUUCACAGGAAGACGGCCCACCAACGAAUUGUUCAAAGACGGUUUGAAUCUCCACAACUUUGUUAAGACGGCCAUACCAGGAAGACUUGUGCAGAUUGUGGACCCUGCUCUCCUAGACGAGACAGCAACUGCAGCAACAGAAAAUGAAGUGACCAACACGAGUCGUUACAACAACGAAAUUGAAAUAGAAGAACAAAACACUGACUCUGAGAAUUUGAAUGCUUAUCUGUGGAACUGCAUUUUUCCUAUCCUUAAGAUCGGACUUGCAUGCUCGGAAGAAUUACCGAGGAACAGAAUGUCUAUGGAGGAUGUACACAAGGACCUACACCAUAUACAAAAAGCUUACAAUGGUGUUCAGAUCCGUCAAGAGAGACCAAGAAGAAGAUAG